AUGAGCCUGCAGUACAUCACAGGGGAAAGGUUGCGUCAGAGCCUGCAGCGCUCCACACGCAACGGCCAAGGAAAAGGUGGUAGUGCACAGGGUGACAGGAAGGGCGGGCAGGCGGAGGGGGCCAUGAAGAACAAGUACGACUUGCCAGAGAAGGUGCGGUGGUACCACACGCUGUGGGACAUGCGUAACAAGGAGUUCCGCAGGACUUUUGUGACGAGCAAACGCCGCCAGUGGCGUCUGUUUUGGAAGUACGAGAGCCAUCUGGUCUACGAGCGCGUCAUCAUGGGCUUUAUUGUGGCAACGGGACUGUUUUUGAUGUCAAACGCGGACCUGACGGUGGCUCUGUUUCGGCUGCCUACCGAGGACGUCAACGAGCUGCUUAAGCAGGACGUCUGGAAGAAGUAUAGGAACGAGAUCAACGAAAGGAAGGAGCACGCAAGCAAGAUGCUCGAGGAGUCUAGCUACAUCCAGGACAAAAACAAACCCCUCUCUUCGUAG